AUGAUCCCGUGCAAGGCGGCGGUGGCGCCCUUCAGCCCGGCGCCGCCCACCGACGAGUGCUGCCGGGCGGUGCGCGAGCUGGGGCAGCCCUGCCUCUGCCUGCUCCUCGCCGGCCCGCCCAUCUCCGGCGCCGACCGCCGCAUGCUCACCCGCCUCCCCUCCAUAUGCGCCGCCACCACCGACGACGACGACAGCGACCUGCGUCAAGACGUAGGCUCGUGCACUGCAACGUAG